GCGGGGCGGGCGGACGCCUCUCCAGGGCGAUGGAGGCUGCGGGGCGAAGCUGGCCGCUCGCGACGGACAGCUGAGGCGGCAGCGUCACGUCCUCCGCCUCCCGGACCCUUCUGCUCCCUCCCUUUAUUUUUUUAUUUUUUGUUUUUUGUUUUUCUGGCCGCGUUCAGUUUUAGCGCCGUCGCCUUCCAUGCGUCUCUGAGCAGCCUGCGGGAAGAGUGUGCGCGAAGGAGGGACAGCGCGCUCCGGGGAGAGGAGGCAGGAAGAUGAGGAUUAUCUGCAGACAGCUUGUCUUGUUGUUCUCCGGAUUCUGCGGACUCGCCAUGGGAGCCUUUCCCAGCAGCGUGCAGAUAGGUGGUCUCUUCAUCCGAAACACAGACCAGGAAUACACUGCUUUUCGAUUGGCAAUUUUUCUUCAUAACACCAGCCCCAAUGCGUCGGAAGCUCCUUUUAAUUUGGUACCUCACGUGGACAACAUCGAGACGGCCAACAGUUUUGCUGUAACAAAUGCCUUCUGUUCCCAGUACUCUAGAGGAGUAUUUGCCAUUUUUGGACUCUAUGAUAAGAGGUCAGUGCAUACCUUGACCUCCUUCUGUAGCGCCUUACACAUCUCCCUCAUCACACCAAGCUUCCCUACGGAGGGGGAGAGCCAAUUUGUGCUGCAGCUAAGGCCUUCACUACGAGGAGCCCUCCUAAGUCUGCUUGACCACUAUGAAUGGAACUGUUUUGUCUUCCUGUACGACACAGACAGGGGCUACUCAAUACUUCAAGCUAUUAUGGAAAAAGCAGGACAAAAUGGUUGGCAUGUGAGUGCUAUAUGUGUGGAAAAUUUUAAUGAUGUCAGCUACCGGCAACUUUUAGAAGAACUUGAUAGAAGACAAGAAAAGAAAUUUGUAAUAGAUUGUGAGAUAGAGAGGCUUCAAAACAUAUUAGAACAGAUUGUCAGCGUUGGGAAACAUGUUAAAGGCUACCAUUAUAUCAUUGCAAACUUGGGAUUCAAAGACAUCUCUCUUGAGAGGUUUAUUCACGGUGGAGCCAAUGUGACAGGCUUCCAGUUGGUAGAUUUUAAUACACCUAUGGUAACCAAGUUAAUGGAUCGCUGGAAGAAACUAGAUCAGAGAGAGUAUCCAGGAUCUGAGACUCCUCCAAAGUACACCUCUGCUCUGACUUACGAUGGUGUCCUGGUGAUGGCUGAAACUUUCCGAAGUCUUAGAAGGCAGAAAAUUGAUAUUUCAAGGAGAGGAAAUGCCGGGGAUUGUCUGGCAAACCCCGCUGCCCCGUGGGGCCAAGGAAUCGACAUGGAGAGGACCCUCAAACAGGUUCGAAUUCAGGGGCUGACUGGAAAUGUUCAGUUUGACCAUUAUGGACGGAGAGUCAACUACACCAUGGACGUGUUUGAGUUAAAGAGCACAGGACCCAGAAAGGUUGGUUACUGGAAUGAUAUGGAUAAAUUAGUCUUAAUUCAAGAUGUGCCCACUCUUGGCAAUGACACGGCUGCUAUUGAGAACAGAACGGUGGUUGUAACCACGAUUAUGGAGUCCCCAUACGUUAUGUACAAGAAAAACCACGAAAUGUUUGAAGGAAAUGACAAGUACGAAGGCUACUGUGUAGAUUUGGCAUCUGAAAUUGCAAAACACAUUGGUAUCAAGUACAAAAUUGCCAUUGUCCCUGAUGGAAAAUAUGGAGCAAGGGAUGCAGACACAAAAAUCUGGAAUGGGAUGGUGGGAGAACUUGUUUAUGGGAAAGCAGAGAUCGCUAUUGCGCCUCUGACAAUCACUUUGGUCCGAGAAGAGGUCAUUGACUUCUCUAAGCCCUUCAUGAGUUUGGGCAUAUCUAUCAUGAUCAAAAAGCCUCAGAAAUCUAAACCAGGAGUGUUCUCCUUCUUGGACCCGCUGGCUUAUGAGAUCUGGAUGUGCAUAGUCUUUGCCUAUAUUGGUGUCAGUGUGGUCUUGUUCCUAGUGAGCAGGUUUAGCCCAUACGAGUGGCACACGGAAGAGCCAGAGGACGGGAAGGAAGGACCCAGCGACCAGCCUCCCAAUGAGUUCGGCAUCUUCAACAGCCUCUGGUUUUCCCUGGGUGCUUUCAUGCAGCAAGGAUGUGACAUUUCACCCAGAUCCCUCUCAGGUCGGAUUGUUGGAGGCGUCUGGUGGUUCUUCACCCUCAUCAUCAUAUCGUCCUACACUGCCAACUUGGCUGCUUUCCUGACGGUUGAGCGAAUGGUCUCCCCCAUUGAAAGUGCAGAAGACCUGGCCAAACAAACAGAAAUUGCCUACGGAACACUGGAUUCAGGGUCAACGAAAGAAUUCUUUAGAAGAUCAAAAAUCGCAGUGUAUGAAAAGAUGUGGACCUACAUGCGGUCAGCAGAGCCGUCGGUGUUCACUAGGACUACAGCUGAGGGAGUAGCUCGCGUCCGCAAAUCCAAGGGCAAAUUUGCCUUCCUUCUGGAGUCCACUAUGAAUGAGUACAUUGAGCAACGAAAGCCAUGUGACACCAUGAAAGUGGGAGGAAAUCUGGAUUCCAAAGGCUAUGGAGUAGCAACGCCCAAGGGUUCCUCAUUAAGAAAUGCUGUUAACCUCGCAGUUUUAAAACUGAAUGAACAAGGCCUCUUGGACAAAUUGAAAAACAAAUGGUGGUACGACAAAGGAGAAUGUGGCAGCGGGGGAGGUGACUCCAAGGACAAGACGAGUGCCUUGAGCCUGAGCAACGUAGCUGGCGUCUUCUACAUUCUAGUUGGCGGCUUGGGCUUGGCAAUGCUGGUGGCUUUGAUAGAGUUCUGUUACAAGUCCAGGGCAGAAGCGAAGAGAAUGAAGCUGACCUUUUCUGAAGCCAUAAGAAACAAAGCCAGGUUAUCCAUCACUGGGAGCGUAGGAGAAAACGGCCGCGUCCUGACGCCCGACUGCCCAAAGGCUGUACACGCUGGAACUGCAAUUAGACAAAGUUCAGGAUUGGCUGUCCUUGCGUCGGACCUACCAUAAAAACCAAAAAAAUAAUUGAGUGCCUUAAUUAAACUGUGUUGGUGACUGAUGGAAACGCAGCCCUGAGGAGCACGCCAAGCGCGGGUCUUUGCUAAACCAGUCCUUUGGCCGAGAGCGGGAAGUGCGUCCUAACGCGCUGGACAUCAGCCGCAGAAACGUGUGCAUGAGCUCAGCUCGGAAACCCAAACUCAGAUUUUAUAUCAGGAAAACUCACAACUUAAGUUUUUGGGGGAGUGGGUGGGGGAGCUGGGAUGGGUGUAUUAACAGCAACAAAUUUCACUUGAGUGAACUUAAAGACUAAUCAGACUUGCCAGUUAGGCAUUCAACUGUGAAGUUCUCGUUCAGAAAGGCCUUUGUCUUCGCCCAAAGGGAUAAAAUAGUUCUAGAAGUCAAUGAACACGCUAACCUGUGUCUCCAGAACACCCAUGUAGCCAAUGGAAGAAUAUCCAGCUGAGAAAACAAGUCACUAAACUGUGAUAAGAAAAUAAUAAAUAAACAUGUACAUCCUGUGAAAAAAAAUUUAAAGGAAGUAUUUACACUUACUUUGGAGAAAAUAAAUACUGAAACAUGCUUGCUUUUUAACUGACGUAAAUUCAGUAGAGGACAACACAAUUCUUUUUUCUAACCAUCUUAGGGAAGAAUACAUUGCAAUAAUUGAUAUAAAUGCCAUCACUGUAAUAAACUUUAGAGACUUUUUUCUAUAAAAGUUGUUGGUCGUCUUCUCGUUUGCUGUAACCUUCACUCCGCCACAUGAGUUGGUUCACAGAUCGCAUUUGUCUCACUACCAGAAGCAAAAGUAAAAUGAAAGGAAGAGAGCGUUGACAUUAAAUCACCAAUCUGCAAUGUGGAAUCAAAAGAGUCUACGGGUCACUCUUGUUAUCAGUAUUAUUUAUAAUCUUGUUCUGUGUACGAAAUUGUGGUUUUUGUACCCACCAAAAAGAAUAAAACAACAGAUGUUCUUACAAUAUCUACAGAGCUUAAAAGGUUUUUUGUUCUUAUGAUUAAAGUUAUUUGAAAAAUUGUAAGAGUAUACGAGGGAUUGUAGAAGUCAAGCGGUGGACCUUCCUGGAAAAUGUAGCUAGCCCUUAUUAUUUUUCCAUACUAAGCUACCCCUGUUUUAUAGAUCUGUCACUUGUUAGGAGGUUAAAUUGUCAAAGAUGGAGUUUUUGAGUCCUGGAAUGAAUCACUGUCUGAACAGUAACAUACCCUGUCACUGUGUGUGGAAAUUUCACUGGACCGUACUUCGCUGCAUAAAAUCAUGUGUCCAAGGAGCUUCUCCCCUCAUUUGUAUCGGCCCAAUUUGAAUCCUCUGAAGGCACUAAGAAUAGUUUGGAGUGGACCACAAAUGAAGAAUUAGCCCUUAGAUGAAGAAAAUGUUAUUUUAUGUUUUAUUUAUAUAAAAAAAAUUACAUUGUUAUGUUGGAGUAAAUUAACAUAGUUCCAAAGAAAGUUUAGUUCAUUAGAAAUAAGUUCUUUACUAGGAAUAAAAACGACAUACUUAGGGAUCUUGGCAGAAAGCACAAGUUAAGAUGAUUCCAAAAGUCUGCCCUUGAGGGAUGAGUUGAGUUUUCAUAGGAAAAGGGUUAAAAGCCCAACGGCUGAGCAAUGGAUGCUGAGCACCCUGAGCGCGCAUGGCUUGUUUAAAGAACGUACACGAUCAGCCUGACUGAGGCAAGCACACAUGUAGUGUCACGGAACAUAAGCUGGAAAAGGUGAAGGAUUAAUUUCCUCUCCUUGACCCAUCCCUCAUUCCAUCUCUGUGCUGCAGAAAGAACAUCUUAAAAAUUUAUAUCAGAUGAUAUACACACAUUACACACAUGCACUGUUCCCUCAGGAAAAAUUCCAGGUUCUUGGGAAGAGCAAACUAUUCUCUUCAUGACAUUGCCCCUGUUUAUCCCGUCAAGGACCUCUCUCGCUCCUACCCAAUUUCUCCUGCCAGCAUACAAACCUCCGAAGCAGCACAUGGGACACUGCAUAUGAUUCCCUCAGUAUGUAACCAUUCCUUGUCUCCGCUUUACCUGACUAACUUACACUCAUCCUUCAGUACUCGGAUUUUACUAGCCCUGGGAGAAUUUAUAAGCAUACACUACCCCUUGCCUAAGAGACUGAGUUAGGUGCCAUUCUUAAUGUUCUUUCCCCAUCACGGCACUCACCAUACUGCAUUGUAAUUGCCUGUGUACUUGUCUGUAAAACUACUAGACUGUAAGCUCCUUGAGGGCAGGGACUGUGUCUAUCUUGUUCACAGUUGUAUCCCCAGCACCCAGCACAGUGCCUGGCAUAUUGUAGGUGCUUAAUAAAUAUUUGUUGAUGAAAAA